GGUGGGAUAGCGGAGAUUUUCGUUAUCACUGUUUUAUCGGUGGUGGCAGAGUGUCGCAUCGCUCGAGCUGUCACUUACCCGGGGAGGCGGGGACUCUUCUUCUCCGAUUAAUUGUUGAUAUGAGCGUUGGCGGAGGAUCAAAUAAUUCAUAGUUCAUAGUUCGUAGUUCGUAGUUCGUAGUUCGUAGUUCGUCGCUCAUAUAUAGUGGGUAGUUUUAAUUAAUUUGCUGCGGAUCGAGAACAAAUUAAUUAAGCCACGAUGAUGAGUUCUUCGGCGCCCUCAUGCGCUUCCGAUGAUGCGCUCCCGAUCCCCCGCGUAGCGAUAUUCCCGUUCGUGUCGAAAGGCCACACCAUCCCCCUCGUCCACCUCGCGCGCCUCCUCCACCGCCGCCGCCUCCUCCUCCUCCUCCUCCUCCUCCUCCACCGCUGCACCACCACGACCUCUUUGCCAUUCCCCCCCACCACCGCGCNCUCCCCAACGUCCCGGCCGCGGCCGGGGGUCGAGAGCGCCGACCAAUUCGCCUCCGCGUCCCUCUUCCUCCCCUUCGUCCGCGCCGCGUCCCUCCUCCGCCCCGCCUUCUCCGAAUCCCUCCGCCGCCCCACUCCCCCGUCCCUCCUCGUCGCCGACGCCUUCCUCUUCUGGGCCCACGCCGCCGCCGCCGAGCUCGGCGUCCCCAGCGUCGUCUUCAACGGCAUGGGCGCCUUCGCCUCCGCCGUGAGCCUCGCCGUCACCGUCCACAAGCCCCACGCCGGCGUCGCCUCCCGGCUCGAGCCGUUCCCGGUUCACCCCUUCCCGGGUCUCCGGCUCACGAGGGCCGACCUCGCCCCGCCGUUCGACGACCCGGACCCGAAGGGCCCCCUCUGGGACUUCAUCGUGGAGGUAAGGGCCGCCACGCGGACCUGCCGCGGCACCCUGGUCAACACCUUCUACGAGCUGGAGCCGCUCUACGUGGACCGCUGGACCCGCGACCUCGGGGUCCGGGCCUGGUGCGUCGGACCCCUCUGCCUGGCCCGCGACGCCGGCCCCGGUCCGGACCGGUCCCCCGUGAUGGACUGGCUCGACUCCCGGCUCGCCGCGGGCCGGCCGGUCCUGUACGUGGCGUUCGGGUCCCAGGCGCGGCUGCCGUCUGCCCAGGCGGAGCAGCUCGCGGCCGGGCUGGACCGGUCCGGGCUGGACUUCCUCUGGGCGGUCCGGCCCGGCGAACCCGAGUUGCCGCAGGUCGGGGAGCGGGGGCGGGUGGUCGGGGAGUGGGUGGACCAGGUGCAGAUCCUGGCGCACGGGAGCGUGCGGGGGUUCGUGACGCACUGCGGGUGGAACUCAGUGCUGGAGAGCCUGAGCUGCGGGGUGCCCAUGCUGACGUGGCCGAUGAUGGCGGAGCAGUGCCUCAACGCCAAGUUCGUCGUGGAAGAGCUGCGCGCCGAGCGGCGCCGCAGACGAGACGUCGGUGGCGGCGGGGACGUCGAGAGGAUGGCGAAGGAGCUGAUUCUGGGGGAGACGGGGAAGCAGGCGGCGGCCAGGGCGGAGGAGCUGAAGGCCAUGGCCAGGCAGGCAAUGGAGAGCGGCAGCGGGUCGUCGUGGACGGCGCUGGCGACAAUGAUUCACGACGUUUGUGGGAGUACUGAGAUCCAGAAAUAAAUUAAGCAAACACUAACAUUAAUGGUUUCUCUUCUUAAUUAGCCAGAUAUAUAUUAAUUCUUACUGCGCCCCUAUAUAGCAGUACGUACGUACUGAUCCUGGUUUUAGUUACCUCGAGUUAUAAUAAACGUCCAAUGAUCAUGUUGUGGAAUCGUAAUUUGUUAUGCUCCCGUUGCUCUUCAUUCAUUGUCCGAAACAUGUACUGGGAUUAGAGUGUUGUUAAUCAAACGCAACACCACUCGUUACCUUAUUACAAAUGUGUUUUCCAAAUAUUUAA